AUGACCGAAGAAGAAACAUGUGAAGGUGGCCAUGUUGGUCUAGCUGCAGCAGCAAGGGCGAUGGAGGUGGGGCGGCGUCAGGAGGCGCAAUGCAGAGGAGGCCGAUGGGGCAUGGAGGAGCGGCACGAGACGAGCAAGCAGCGAACAGUACAGGGGUUGCAGAGAGGCGAGGUGGAGGAGGAGCUGGCAGCGCUGGCCUUGCCGAUGCCGGCAGCAGGCCGCUACGAUGGCUGGCGCGCGAGAAGAGCCUUGAUAAGUGGGAAAAUAAUUAUUGGCAAGGUUAGAGAGUGA